ACAUAAACAACGCUGAACUUUGCUUUGACUUGAUUUUGCUUCACUUGACAGAUAUGGACACAAAGGCUAGGCAAUUAGCAUUGGUAUUGGUCGAAUUACUAGCAAAAAAACCUGCUUCUUCACGCCUUCUAGUUGGCAUCUAUGGUAUACCUGCCUCUGGUAAAUCAACUUUUGCGGAUCUUUUGUACAAAUACACCGAUAAUCUACUUCAAAAUGAUCCUCAAAACUCCGUCAGAGCCAUUCUCGUUUCACUCGAUGGGUGGCACCUUAGUCGUGCCCAAUUGAACCAGUUUCCUGACCCCAAGCUUGCCCGAGACAGACGAGGCAGCCACUGGACCUUUGAUGGUCCAAGUUACCUACAAUUUGUGCAAAACUUACGCGAAGAAGUCCUGCCAGAGACAACGCGAAUCAUAACAGCGCCUUCUUUUGACCAUGCAAUCAAAGAUCCUACGCCCCAUGCCGUGCAAAUUCAUCCCCAACAUCGUAUCGUCAUCAUAGAAGGUCUCUACACUGCUCUGGAUGUCGAUUCUUGGAGAGAAGCUGCGCUUUUACUCGAUGAGCGUUGGUAUCUCGAACUAGAUUUCGAGGAAGCACAGAAACGGCUAAUUAAAAGACAUCUGGUUAGUGGUGUAGCCAAGGAUCCUGCAGAAGCAGUCUGGCGAGCAGAAGCAAACGACAUGCCUAAUGGUAGAUUUCUGUUAGCGAACACGGUGGAAGCAACGAGGGUUAUAAUGAGUGUGGAGGAUCCUGUCCUCGCCCUACCUGCAUAAACUCUUGUCUCACGAAAUCAAAGUCUAUGUCUAGUCCCUGUCUAUAUAUCUGUACAAAUUCAUGUCGUCGAACCUUUCAAGAUUUCCUGGCAUCAGUGAUACCAGAUCAGUGUACGUCGAGCUCUAUUGAGCUAUCCAUUGGAAAUGAC